UGGAGGAGGGGCAUAGAGAGAGAGAGAGAGAGAGAGAGUUGAUGGAUAGAGGGGAAUUUAUCAUAAGGGUCAGGUAAAAAGACAGACAUCUGCAUCGAUGGUGCCUGCACAGACAGCUGUUUGAUAGACAGCUGAAGGAUCCAAGAAGCGAUGAAGGAUUACUGGUAUGGCGCCCUUCUUAUUUUCAUCCUGCUUCAUGGAAGCUCCCAGACCAACGUAUCCCAAACAGGGAGUUUGUCCUGUGUGAACGACUACUUGACAAACAUUUCCUGUGUGUGGUGGAACUCUACGGAUAUCUCCGCUCGGCGAUGUGAGCUUCAUGGGGUCAAAAGCAGGCAAAAUGCAAGGUGUGAGCUGUUGCCACUGAACAGUCAUUCAUAUUCUCCCAGAGGUUGUGCUUUGACGUUUGAAACGAACUUUUUCUUUCUUGUUAAAGUCACCUUGAAAGUGUCUUGUAAUGGAUCUCUCUUCACAACAAUGCAUUAUAUACCUGCCCGACACAUUAAGACGCAGCCCCCGGAUAAGCCCGAUGUAAACGGCACCAAGGUGUUCUGGAGUCGAGGCGUUAACUUUCCCAAUGACAUCAUAGAAUAUGAAUUCCAGGUUCAGUUUAAGCCUGGAGAAUGGGAAUGGGAGCGGGCGGAUCCUAAAUUAUCUCAGAGAACGGAGAUAGACCUGCCCCCUGACAUUCUAACUAUAGGAGAAGAGUACCAGGCUAGGGUCCGCGUGAAGCCGGUUGAAAGCAGAAAUGAGGGUUAUUUCCAGGGGGAGUGGAGCGACUGGAGUCCUGCUGUGUCUUGGAGGUCUGAGGUUGGGAAAUCACCGCCAGGUGACAUCUCAGUUUUGCCCGAUGACAGCCACACAAUUAUGAUCAUUGGUGUCCACGUGCUGCUUGUAAUUGUUGCCAUUUCUUUGUACAAGGUCAAAAAAAGCAGCGGGUGGUUGAAACCAAAAAGUCAACACGUUCCAGAUCCCUCUAGAUUUUUCAAACCUCUUCACACUGUUCACGGAGGAAACUUCCAGAAAUGGGUGGGCUGUCAGAAUUCCUCUGGGCCUUUUCUUAAUCCGCAGUCCUGUGAUGAUAUCUCACCUGUUGAGGUCUCUGAUAUUUGGAACGUGUCCUUCAUGGAUCGCAAAGCUACCGCCAAGCUCCUUCAUUCCAAUCCGGUGGACUCUGGACUUGAGAACAGUGGAACCAGCCAGGCUUCGUCAUCCAUAUUCUCCAACAUGGGCUACUUCUAUAGCAAAUCUCACUCAGGAUCCAUGCACCUAGAAACCUGCCCUGUGUAUUUCACCUACAACCCCGAGGAAGAUCUAAACUCGGCUUUCUCGUCUACCAGCUCAUCGUACGAUUUUCUGCAAAGCCCACAAUUCCAGGUGGACCAUCUGAUGAGCCCAGACUCUGGGUUUCACAUGCCGGAGCAAUACGAAGAAGACAGAGAUGAUGACGAAGUCUGUGAUGAUGGGAAUCCUCUGGUUUCCUUCAUAAUGUCAUUGUCUCAGAGUUCCCUUGGCUGUGUUCGCACCGCAGAGAGUUUUCCUCCCAUGCCCAUCAACACACCGUGGGCUGAACCUGUGAGCAUGCCCAAUUACACUUCCACAUUUGAGCCUGUAGAGGGCGCUACGGUCAGACCAUCCUCUCUGAUUGAGCCGUGUGCAAGUGGCUAUCUGACCUUGAAAGAGAUGCAGAAAUACAGCAACAAGUCUAUCUAAAUGCAUGUCUAUUGCAUUCGCAUCAGCAUUCGUUGUUUUUUUGCAUUAUUGCUUUUAGCCCUGCGAAUGCAAUGUUAUGCUGUAUUGCAUUCCAAAGUCAGUGGUGAUAUAUUACAACAUCUGGUUAAUGAGUAAAACAGCUUUGAAUUGUUAUAUUCUACAGUUCUAUCAUGCAUCGGCAUUAUAAGCUAGGUUUAAGUAAUUGUAACUUUUAAGAACUAUAUGUUGUAGAUCACAGUUUCAAGAACCUGAAUGCCAUUUAUAUUGAUAGUUCGUUAACGUUAAAAAUACAAUUGGCAAAAAUUUACCUCAUUUAAUUGUACAAACAAGAUUUUUUUUCGUUAUUAAUUGACAAACAUAUGUCAUCAACGUUCUACCAGAAGAUUAGGUGAUCAAAACCUUAAAUCACAAACUUUCAAUUCAGAUUUUCCUUAAGACAUUUAAAGGUCCAGUGUGCAAUUUUUUUGAGGAUCUUUUCACAGAAAUGCAAUAUAAUAAACAUAACUAAGUAUUCAGAGGUCUAUAAAGACCUCUAUGAAGCGUCAUGUCUACAUACGAAAGUGAAAACCGGAGGACAUCUUCUUUGUCAGCCACCGUAGUGUUUUGAAAGGAAGGGUGGAGCCAAUGGUUGCAAUUUAAAAUCUCACCACUAGAUGCCACUUAAUUUCACUGGACCUUUAAAUUUUAAUCUAAAAUUUUAUAUAAUUUUUUUUUUAAUUCAAUUUUUUUUUAUUUUCCAUUCAUUUUACACGGUGUAGGGUUUGUUCAUUUUGGCUGCUAGUUAUUACUGUUAAUGUUUAACAUUACUAAACGCUCUCAACAUGGUAUAAAUGCUGCUUUCUAAAUAUGUAAACAACAGUUUUACAUUAUAGGGAAAAAACUCUCUUCAGAUAUGAACAAUACUUCUUCUGUAUAUUUCUUCCAUAUUGGGAUAUCUGUGUGUUUUCUAACAAAAUAUUUUAUGAACCGAGAAAGCAUUAUUUAACAGUUAUGGACUGUACAUAUCUAUAAACAGCAUGUUAAGAAUACUUAAUAUUAAUUAAUAUGUUAUUAACAUGUGUUAAUAAAAUAUUAAAUGUUCUCUACUUCAAGCAAUGUGCUGACAUUUUCAAGUUAUAUAUUAUAUAUUAUACAGAUCAUUUUAAAACGAUUUAUGAAAUGAAAACAGAAUAACAUAAAAGAUGCUUGGUUUUUUUUCAGAUCUCAAAUACUGAAAGGAUAAAAAUUUCAUAUUAACCUAUAAGCAAUACAACAGUGAUGUGUACAUACAUUUUUAGCACACUUGAACAAAAUUAUUACAGUUUUCAUAUGUCUUUCACAUUGCUGUUGGAUGACCAUAUGUCCCUUCUGAGGUUUGAUUUUGUUGAAAUUCAACAGACACUAGACUGGAACGGCCACAAUACAUGUAGACAUACUGAUGAAAUUAAAAUUUGGAAUGGCCUCUUAAUUUCCCCCCUGCUGUAUAUAUAUAUAUAAAUUUACUCUAUAUUAUAUGUUACAUAGGACUACUGCUGUGAUAUGUACACAUCUAUUUGAUACGGUAUGUUUUUAUACUUUUUUUAAUAAAACAUGUAACUUUA